UAUGUGUUGCAGGAUCUCUAUAAUGUGUAUCAGUCGCUUCAAAUAGCGCGGCGCUCGGAUUUUUUCACGGAGCGACGCCAUGCGCUCCUGCUUACGAUGAUUGCUAUGGUUUCCUAUGCUGUUAUGGUAUCAUUGCUUUUUAUUGAAAGUAUCACAAAUCGUGCUGCCGAUUAUCUACAGCUUUUCGGUGAGAUUUUAGCACAGAUCCACCGCAAUCCAAUCUUCCGCUGUGGUCGAAUUCUUCUUUUUUGCCAAUACAGAAUUAUAAGAAAACGGAGUUUAUUUCUAAUAAACGCUUGUGCAAAUUACAGACACAGAAGAAUUUACUUGAUCAAAAAUCAAAAUCGCAUGUUACGAGUGGAGAUUGCAAUCUGCCUGAACGGCUACACAUGUGUGCACAACACCACGGUAGAAGCUGACCCACCAGGUACCACUACCGAAAGCGAAUGGGCUCAACAGGCCGAAAUACUUGCUGAACAUGGUCAAGUUAUUUCAGUGAACAGCUACCUCGACGUGGAGCCUUGGCUCGUGCAGAAGAUCAAAAAUCAGCUCCGCGCUGAAUGA